UUUCAAAGGUAAAUAACAUUCAAUCGUCUUUCCUCUUUUCUUCUCUUUAGUGAGAAACUCCACAUUCUGUGUUGAGCUGCCGGAACACACAACAAUCUCCGAUCUCGAUCUCUGAUUUUAGUCUCAUAAAAUCAUUCAGAUCGAGGUGGAGAUCACGAGCAGCUAGAGAUAUCAACUCUUUUGAACAAAGUCAUGGAGGCAAUAGAGGAGUUACUUCAACUUUCAGAAUCUAUGUUACAAGCUUCAUCUGUUCUUGCAGAUGAAGAUGUUGAUGAUUCAUCUUCUUCUUCUUCAAAGAGGUCAUCAACCUUUUUAAACGUUGUUGCUCUUGGCAAUGUGGGUGCUGGUAAAUCAGCUGUGUUAAAUAGUUUAAUUGGACAUCCCGUUUUGCCAACGGGUGAAAAUGGUGCAACUCGAGCUCCCAUAAGCAUUGAUUUGCAGAGAGAUAGUUCCCUUAGCAACAAAGCUAUCGUACUGCAAAUUGACAGUAAAUCACAACAAGUUUCUGCGAGUGCUCUCCGGCAUUCAUUGCAGGACAGGUUAAGUAAGAGUGUUCCUGGCAAGGGACGUGCAGAUGAAAUAUAUCUGAAGCUUCGCACUAGUACAGCUCCUCCUUUGAAGCUGAUUGAUUUACCUGGACUGGAUCAAAGGAUCGUGGAUGAAUCAAUGAUAAGAGAGUACGUUGAACGCAACGAUGCUGUAUUGUUAGUUGUUGUUCCUGCUGCCCAGGCACCAGAAAUUUCAUCUUCCCGAGCACUUAAACUAAUCAAGGAAUAUGAUGCGGAUGGCACCAGAACUAUUGGUGUCAUUAGUAAAAUAGAUCAAGCAGCUUCAGACCAGAAAACCCUUGCCGCAGUUCAAGCUUUACUAUUGAAUCAGGGACCCCGGAAUACAUCUGAUAUCCCAUGGGUUGCUUUAAUUGGUCAAUCUGUAUCUAUAGCUUCUGCACAAUCUGGGUCUGUUGGUUCAGAGAAUUCAUUGGAAACCGCUUGGCGUGCUGAAAGUGAAAGUCUUAAAUCUAUAUUGACUGGAGCUCCUCAAAGCAAGCUUGGUAGAGUAGCUUUGGUGGAAGCUCUUGCUCAACAGAUUCGUAAGCGUAUGAAAAUCAGGCUUCCUAAUAUCCUUUCUGGGUUACAGGGUAAGUCUCAAAUAGUUAAGGAUGAGUUAGUACGGCUUGGUGAACAAAUGGUCCAUAGUUCUGAAGGUACAAGAUCCCUAGCUUUGGAGCUCUGUCGUGAAUUUGAGGAUAUAUUUCUACAACAUAUUGCCACUGGUGAGGGUAGUGGUUGGAAAAUUGUUGCAAGCUUUGAGGGAACUUUUCCGAACCAAAUCAAGCAGCUACCGUUGGACAGACAUUUUGACAUCAACAAUGUGAAAAGGAUUGUGUUAGAGGCAGAUGGUUACCAACCAUAUCUUAUAUCCCCUGAGAAAGGUCUGAGGUCUUUAAUAAAAGGUGUUCUUGAACUGGCAAAGGAACCUUCACGGCUUUGUGUGGAUGAGGUACAUCGUGUCUUGGUGGAUAUAGUUACUGCUUCUGCUAACGCCACUCCAGGGCUUGGAAGAUAUCCACCUUUUAAGCGAGAGGUCGUGGCAAUUGCAACUACUGCAUUGGAUGUAUUUAAGAACGAGGCAAAGAAAAUGGUGGUUGCGUUAGUUGAUAUGGAACGGGCUUUUGUUCCCCCCCAACACUUUAUUCGUCUGGUGCAGAGGAGGAUGGAUAGGCAGCGACGCGAGGAAGAAAUAAAGACCAAAUCUUCAAAAAAAGGGAGUGAUGCGGAGCAAUCAAUACUAAAUAGGGCAGCAAGUCCUCAAACGGGAGGAAACUUGAAAUCAAUGAAAGAUAAGUCAGGUGCGCCAGAGAAGGAUGCGCAAGAGAGUUCAACUUUGAAGACUGCUGGGCCUGGUGGAGAGAUAACAGCAGGAUUUCUGCUGAAGAAAAGUGCUAAAACUAAUGGCUGGAGUAGAAGAUGGUUUGUUUUGAAUGAGAAAUCUGGCAAGCUAGGAUACACUAAAAAGCAAGAAGAAAAGCAUUUUCGUGGUGUCAUCACAUUGGAGGAGUGUAAUGUUGAAGAGGUUGAGGAAGAGGAAUCUCCAUCAAAAACUUCCAAAGAUAAAAAAGCAAAUGGCCCUGAUUCUAAAGCACCUGGUCUUGUUUUCAAGAUUACCAGCAAGGUUCCGUACAAGACUGUUCUCAAAGCUCACAGUGCCGUUGUGCUGAAGGCUGAGAGUAUGGCCGAUAAGGUUGAAUGGUUGAACAAGAUCAGGAAUGUGGUCGAACUAAAAGGAGGUGUAGUUAAGGGGGCUACUAAGGAGGGUGGCCUUCCCAUGCGCCAUAGUCUUUCAGACGGUUCUUUGGACACAAUGGCUCGAAGACCCGCAGAUCCAGAAGAAGAGCUCAGGUGGAUGUCUCAAGAAGUGCGUGGUUAUGUUGAAGCUGUUUUGAACAGUCUUGCUGCCAAUGUCCCAAAAGCAGUGGUUCUCUGCCAAGUCGAGAAAGCAAAAGAAGACAUGCUUAUUCAGCUAUACAGCUCAAUUAGUGGCCAAAGCACAGCAAGAAUCGAAGAGCUUCUCCUGGAGGACCAGAAUGUGAAGCGCAAAAGGGAACGCUUCCAGAAACAGUCAUCCAUUCUUUCAAAACUCACACGUCAACUUAGUAUCCAUGACAACCGUGCUGCUGCUGCAUCUAGCUGGUCCGAUGGUGGUGGUACUGCAGAAAGCAGCCCAAGAACACCCAGCGGCAAGGGUGAUGAGUGGAGAUCCGCAUUUGAUUCAGCUGCCAAUGGACGUGCAGAUGUUAGUAGGUCCAGAAGCAAUGGUCAUAACAGAAGAAACAGUGAUCCACUCCAAAAUGGUGAUGAAAACACAGGGUCUAACUCCAGCAGUCGACGUACCCCAAACAGGUUGCCACCUGCACCACCUAAAUACUAGAUUCUACUGGAAGUCCUUUUGUUUUUAUAUUUACAGAGUCAGAGUUGAUAUUUGGGGUUGGGUGGGGGUUGUGUGCGUCUCUGCUGGACCCCUCGUGAUUUUGAGUACUUGGUUUGUUAGGAGAUUUGUUUAAUAGCAGCAGCAUCAGAGAAAAAAAGUGUAUUAAUGUACAUAUAAUACUUUUGCUUUUAUUAUUUUUUUUCUUUCUAAUUUCCACCUUAUCA